AUGGACGGAGGGAUCACCAUCACUCUGAUCUCUGUGGCGAUGUUUUUAGGAUGUUUUAUACUUGGAUUUAUCCCACUGUUAUUCACGCUUUCGCAGCGGAGCCUGAAGUUUCUCUCCAUCCUGGGGGCGGGGCUGCUCUGUGGGACCGCCCUGGCCAUCACCAUCCCCGAGGGCGUGGAGCUGCUGGAGGUGGCCCUCAGUGGAGGAGACUCUGUGAAAUCUUCCAUCAAUGAAACGCAGCACAACUCCACGUCCACAGAAACUGCCUCUUCGUACAAGUUUAUUGUUGGAGUCGCCCUGACCUUCGGCUUCCUCUUGAUGUUCAUCGUGGAUCAGAUUGGAAGUUAUCUUUCAACUAGAGGCAAAUCGCCGUGUUUGUCGAACGCUGGACUCACUGCCACUCUGGGGCUGACAAUCCAUGCCGCGGCUGAUGGAUUUGCCCUCGGUGCAGCCGUGGCCACAGCCAAAGUAACUGUACAAGUGAUCAUAUUUUUGGCUGUAAUCCUACACAAGGCUCCUGCGUCCUUCGGCCUGGUCUCGUAUCUGAUGCACACAGGACUGGAGAGGAAGUACAUUCAGGGACAUUUACUCGCCUUCUCUGCUGCUGCUCCAGUCGUCGCCAUCACCACUUACUUCAUUUUACAUGCAUCCGGCUCUUCUGUGAACCAAAACUGUGCCACUGGUAUCGGGAUGUUAUUCUCAGGCGGGACGUUCCUUUAUGUGGCCACGGUGCACGUCCUUCCAGAGAUCAGCAGCAGGGCGGGCGAAACGGACACUCUCCAGCCCCAUCUGGAAGGCCAAUCGCACCAACGCUACAUGGGACUCCCCGAAAGCCUCACCCUCAUCCUGGGACUGGGGCUGCCCGUUUUACUUGCCUUGGGGCUAAACGACGACUGA